AUGUCCUGGGGUUUGUUUGUGCGCACUUUCAUCCUGCCUGUCCUGUAGUCCGUUCCAACGCUGUUUACGUCUUUAAAAAUGCACCUCACUUAGUAUUCGCUAUUCCGCUCGCCAUUAUCUGUAUGUCAUAACGUUUAGCUCUAAGGUUUAUUGAGAAGGUGGCUCUUGGAGUCUUUAUCGACACGUUUGUCGUAGAAUGGACGGAGUUGAACGCACUUUCAAGUACAAGAACGUUUACUCCAGUAAUUCAGUCAUGUGACCCUGAUUUUUUUAGUUAAACGACGCGAAGAUGUUGUGAUCACAGACGACAACAGGGAUCUCUACAACUGA